AUGAAGCGCAUUCUGAACCCGAAUUCUUCUUUUUCUACCCCGGGAGGAACGCGGGAUGAGACGAACGAAGAGAAUUUAGGAACGGACGGUGACGAGAACACGAACACGAGUAACAACAACAACAACAACAACAACGCAAAGAGGACGACGAGUAGUAGUAAAGACGGGGCAGACGACUCCUUGUUGUUUCCUUCGGAAGAGCACACGGAAGAGCAACUCGUUUCCGCGAUUAAAGAUUGGAACAAUAUGAAACCCGUGGUGGUGUUGAACACGAUAUCGUCCUUGUGCGUGAUUGUACUCGCGCAGCUGAUGGCGUUUCUUUCGAUACCGAUCGGUGUGAUUGGGCUGAUCGCGUGCUCGGUGUACGGGUCGGAGUUGUUUCGGAUGAAGAGAGGGUUAGGCGCGACGGUGGCGACGGUGAAGAUGUUGUCGUUGGUGUGCGUGAUAUUGGACGGCGCGUUUGCGGCGGUGAGUUUAGCGAUCGGGACCUUGUACGCGGGGGGGGAUAUGGUGACGACGAUGGUGUUGAUGUCGUCGUUGUUUGGCGCGCACGGGCUCGGGUAUUGGGAGAUGUAUAAGAGGGCGAAGGAAAUUGGGAAGAUUCUGAAUUGA